GACCGGGCGCACAGUGCGUUUCCGCGAGGACCUGCCUGGGCGCACGGCAGGUGCGGUGGCGCAGCUCGCAGCACCUGCGGGACCCAUGGACAGCCUAGGGACAGCGGGGGCUGGGGAGCCCAGGGAGGAAGAAGAGGAGGAGAGGCGAUCAGUGGCCCCCCUGCAGGUGGCGCUGAUGCUGGAGCAGGCUCAGGAGCUCUUUCUGCUGUGUGACAAGGAGGCCAAGGGCUUCAUCACACGGCACGACCUACAGGGCCUGCAGAGCGACCUGCCCCUGACCCCUGAGCAGCUGGAGGCUGUGUUUGAGAGCCUGGACCAAGCCCACACUGGCUUCCUCACCCCCCGAGAGUUCCGACUGGGCCUGGGCAAGUUUGUGGGUGUGGAGUCCGCCCAGGGCCCACUGCCAUCCAGGGCCCAAGAGGAGACCUUUGAGUCGGGCUGGCUGCCUGCGCAGGGACUUGGAGGAUCCCUGGAGGAGGAAGAAGAAGAUGAAGUGCGGUUCUGUGACACACUGGAGCAGUUGGGGGUGGCCAGGGCUCUGGUCGAGUGGCGGGAGAGCGAGCACGAGCGAGAGGUGCGCAGUCUCUUUGAGGAGCUGGAGUUGCAGAGCCGUGAGCAGCGCCUGCGCCUGCGCCCUCAGGACCUCCCGGGACAGGAGCGCAGGAGCCGCCUGGAGCUGGAGCUGCAGAGCCGGGAGCAGGAGCUGGAGCGCGUGGGCCUGCGGCGGCGGGAGCUGGAGCAACAGCUGCAGACUCGGACCGCGGAGCAGCUGGAGACCCAGACGCAGAACGCCCAGCUGUGGCUGGCCAACGAGGCGCUGCGGACGCAGCUGGACGAGGCUCAGGCGCAGCUCCGCAGCCUGGAGGGCGACGCCAGGGUCCGCCGGGAGCAAACUCGCCGAGACGUGGUCACCGUCUCAAGGAACAUGCAGAUGGAGAAAGUCAGCCUCCUGCGGCAGCUGGAGCUGCUCAGGGAGCUGAACACCCGGCUUCGAGACGAGAGAGACGCCUGGGAGACCAAGCGGCUGGGCAGUGCCUGCAGAAAGGCCCUGGCAGCAGCCUGCCUGCCCACGCCUGCUGGCGGCUGCUGCUGCAGCAGCUGGGCUCGUCCACCCCGACGAGGCUCUGGCCACUUCCCCAGUGCCCGCUGACCAUCCGAAGAAGGCCUGGCUUCCUGGACACGGGCUCCACCCGGGGGUCACAGCUGAAAACACUAACGUGGGGCACGGCCUCCCUGCUGGGCCUUGUCUGGUCUCCAACCCACAUGUCCCAACAAAGAAACGCCCCUCCACCCAUAAAGGCUGGUGGCCUCACCUCGGCCCCUUGACCUUCUG